AGAAUCUCUAGUUAAACACAGAAGUCACUCUCUGUGACAGCAAGGAGUCCAGAGCAACAAUGAAGUCUCUCCGAUUCAUUAGUGCUGAAGCAUUCGUGUCAAAUGCAGAGUUUGCCAGGAAGAGUCUCAGCAGUAUUGCUCAUAAUCUUUUUCCUCUUCUUUUUAAAGCCAGCUAUUUAUUGGAGCAAGGGGAAGUGAUUCAUGACUUGGUAAAGAACUGGCCACUUGUUGACUUUAACGUGGGAAAACUUUUGGGAACUACUGUGGACUACCAGGAAGACCUGAGCCAUAGAACAUGCACAGUGUGCUUGGAAAGCUGUCUGACAGGGCUGAGAGACUAUGUGCUGAAUCAUCCUUCGCCGUACGUGAAAAGGUUGAAAGUGGUCGACCUGACAGGUAUAAAAGAUGUUGAAGUUCAGUUUUGUGAAUGUAAGAAGACAAUGGGCAGGUGGGCCAGGACACAGCUGCUCUCUAAGCUUUGUUUAGAUCUGCUUGUUUACCUGCAACAGAUGCAGUGCAAUCCAGGUACCUUUGAAAUCAGUAUUGAUGUGCUGAUUGACUUGUUUGUUACAGAGCGAAACUAUGAGCUGGUAGUGCAGGCCCUGUUGAAGAAAUGCUAUUGUCCACUGAAGAUCUGCUGUGUGUCAUUCAGAUCUGACAACCUGGCUUUGCAGAAAUUCUUCUAUAUCAUAAAGCUCACUGAACCCUCUUUAUUGCGCAAACUGGAAAUUGUUCACAAUGUUCGCUUGGAAAUGGAACACUUGGAAAUACUCUUCAACAGUAUCCACUUCCCUCUAUUGAUGUCCUUGACCUUGCCAGCAAGAACAUUUAAUGUGCGAAGGUUCACAGCUACAGAUGAACAGAUGCUCACUAACAUCGGAGAAAAGUUAGGUGAAAUGACACAGCUGACUGAGCUGAGUAUGCCAUUUUCUAUACUCACAGGAAGAAUACAGGGACUCCUCAGCCCACUAAAAACUCCACUGAAGAAACUGAAUGUUUCUAACUGCUCAUUGAACCAUGCUGAUAUGGCCUAUUUAGCCAAUAGCUUCCAUGUUAAUCACUUAGAAGCCCUGGACCUGAGCGGUCACAAUAUACCUGACCUUUACCCAUCAACAUUCUUUAAGCUUCUCAGCCAUUCCUCUUCAGUGCUCAGGAGUCUUACCUUGGAGGACUGCAACAUCCAAGACACUCAUGUCAACAUGUUGAUUUUAGGUUUAAGUCCUUGUCAGAAACUAGAGGAGUUUAAGUUUCUUGGAAACCCACUGUCAUCCCAUGCACUUAAACAACUUUUUACAUUUCUCCGUGAGUUGCCAAUGCUGAAAAAUGUGGAGUUUCCAGUUCCAAUGGACUGCUACCCUAUUGGCAUCACAUACCCGAUUGAUGACGUCAGUCUCUGCAGAUUUGAUCACCAAAAAUAUGAAAGUGUAGCAGAGGAGCUUAAGUUCAUUUUACUCCAAGCAAAUAGGGAGGAUGUGAAGGCUUCAACUCCAUUCUUUGGCAGUUAUGAUGCAGCUGUUCAGGAGACGAACAAUGAACUGGGAGCUUACUUGAUCAAGUCCUUCAAAGAGGCUGUGGAAAAGUUCACUAUUUCUCUUAACAAAAUGAGUUAAAGGCAUAAUACAGUGGUGAUGAAAUCCUCUGUCAAAUCAAAAGUUAAUUUAGUCUUUUCUAGAUCUGUACCUUCAUUGAAAAGUCUUUUAAUUUCUUGGCUGAAUUUACUUCUGUUUCAAUAACCUGUGAUCACCUGAGGUAUUUUAGCUAUGCCAUAUCUAUUGCAUAUACUUUACAUAAGCACUACUUGAUCUCAUAAGAGAUCAAAAGCACUUCAUUUCUCAGUAAAACGAUAGGUGUCUAAGUUUGUCUGAUUUCUUAUACACUUUCCUCUGGAUUUGGCAAUGAGGAUUGUAGCCAUAUAGAAAAGACAAGACCUUUCAAAAGUCCAGCCGGAUGUCCCAAAUGUUUUGCGCAUAUCCUUACCUAUGGCUCCCUAAAACAGUUUUUGGGCUUGGCCUUCCAAGUUCACCAUUCUGUGUUUUAUCCAGUACAUUCUCAAAGGUGAGGGAUGUAUAACAGCCUCCAUUCCCUUAUGCUUCUCUUUCUUCUACAGAGACAAGCACAAUAAACCUCCUUUUGCACAGGGUUUUGUCUAAUACAUUGUGUUGGUGAGGAGUGAAGUUCUGUACUGAGGAGGAGGCAAACCAAAUUGUUGGUUGCCUUCCCCCAGCAAUACAAAGCAGCCUAUGAGGACUCUGCUGAACCUCUUGCAAAGUUUAUUUCACAAAGCCGUACCAGCACAGUGCUGUACAGCUACGAGUGUGAUGCCAGCAGGUAAGUGCCUCCAGUUACCCCCUUUGUUGUAUCACCUUAUUGGCUGGUAGAAUGUAUCUUGCUGCUUUCAGCUGUUUUAAAGAAAGUCUAGGACUAGUGUAAAAAACAAACAUAGAAAAAUAAAUCCAAUGCCAAUUUCAAAAAGGGAGAAGGUGGGUUCCUGAGUAACUAGAAGUUCAUCUACAUAAAAUACUGCCUUCUUCUGCCGGGACUGUGUAUUGUUCUGCUCCGUAAGUAAAACUGGCACCUGGAGGAAUCACAUUUAUUUGGCAAGCUACAAUGCAAGAAAUGUGUUUGCAUGACAGAGUAAAGAAAAUCCCAGACAACCACACACACUUGUGUUGGAAUGUGGGUAAAGGAGCCACAGAACAAAUCUGGGAAGGGUACUAUAAUGGGGGAGUAGGCAAGUAUCAGAGUCUUCCCAGCUUCUCACCUGUAACGCUGUAGACAGACCAGAGAGGAAGAUAUUAGAAAAUCUUACCUAGUAUCAGCCAAUUUUAGAUCUCUGCUGACAGCCUCUGUCAACUCAAGAGGGUUAAAAGUGCUCUGAUGCAAAACUAGAGACUUGAUUAGCUUCUAGGUGAUACAAAAAAAAAACAAACAAACCAAACCAAAACAAAACAAAACCAACCAACCAACCAAAAAAAAAUAGGAUGCUCAAGUUAAUGCCCAGCACUCUGCCACUAGAUAUACCUUAACAGUUCAUGAGAACUUGAUUUUACAGCACUGAAAGUGAAUGUUGUAGUAGUAGUUGAGGUAUCAUUGUAAACUAAGCUAGUUUCCAGUUUAAAAAAAAAAAAAAAAGAAAAAAGAAAAAAAAAAAAGACUGAAUGCCAAGCAUAGCUUACAGGUUUCACAGCAUGCAUUUAAAUGAUUUUUUGAUGUCUUCUUAGCUUAUGUUCUUCCUUCUAACAUGUUUUAUUGAUUAAACAUACAAUGGUUAAAUUAAAAGUGAA